AAAAGCAUCAGAUACUCCUUGUUGAAUCUGCUGAUAGACUAUUGGGUAUCUGAAUCCAAGAACAGACAGAAGGCAAAGGACAGAUCAUGGCACGAGUAUCACCAGGGCCCUGGCUCCUGAUCCCAUACAAACUCUCCCUUCUACACUACAGGAGACUUGAUCUGAACGUCCUUUUACACCUGCUUUUCUGAGAGUGUUGAUUCGUAGAGGCCGUGAAGACAGGCAGGUGGCAUAGCCAAUGGGGCAACCAGCUGGGAGAUUCUAAGGAGUAGAGCAGUUGGUGAGGAAGGAGAGGUUUCCCGUUGAGCACCAGGUUUUAAUGGGACAGAACAGAAGAAACAGGGUUUCAGAUCUGUGGCAGCAGAAGCAGGCCUAAGACACCUGGACAGAUGGUCCAGACAGGAUCCACUCCUCCAGCUGCUGGAGUGAGAGCCUGUGCUUUUAGCCCCCAGUCAUCACAUGUUCCUGGAGAUUGGAUGCUUUAAUUUGAGCUGACUGGGAUUUGGCCACAAAGCUGUCUCCGAAGGAAGAAAAGCAAGGAUCUGUGGGUCUGGACACCAACUGUUUUAUUUCCCACGAGAGUUGGCAGGGAGUUCUCCUGGUCUCGGAUUCCGUGGUGCGGUGAGAGUCUGAAGAGAUGGCUGCAGCAGCAGUAGCUGGACUGAUCCCUGUGCUACACUCAGUGGCUGGUGACAAAUCCGGCUACUACAUUGGGCGGCAGCUGUGGUUUGGCUUCAUUGCCGUGUACGGAGUGGUGGUGUACGUGGUCCGCAUGCCCUGGGCCUCCAUCCAUGAAGAUUUCUGGUGCCAUGGCAACAUCACCAAUCCUUGUUUGAUUGAGUGUUUUGAAAAACGUUUUAGCAGUCCUGUAGUGGGAACUUGGUACUUCUUUUUCUUUAUUUUCUUGGCCCUCUUCUUCCUCAUGGAAUUCUUCAUGGCUCAGAUUCGGCACAAGCAGAUCAAAGCCAAGUCUGUGGAGUCAGUGGCAAGUGAAAUGGAGGAGGGCUCCAUGGUGGGAAUCCAGGAACAUGUCCCUUCCCCAAAGAAGUCCAUUCUGAACUUCCACCAAGAGAAGAUGCUUUUGCUUUUGUACCUUCUUUACUUCCUCCUGCAGGUUGGUGCACAGUGUGUGUUUUUAUUCCUUCUCAUGUGCCAACACCUGCCCCUGGUAAACCAAACCAUCAUUCACUGCAGCACUGAGAGCUGCCCUGGGCCCUAUUUCUGCCUGAUCAGGGGUACUAUGGAGAAGCGAAUGUCCAUCUACACCCUCAUCACCUUAUCCUUCAUGAUCGUCCUCUUCUGCUCAGGUUUCUUCAUAUACAGCAUCCAUCAUUACCUGUUGAAAGGGCUUGCCAGUGCUAAGUUUUGGCUUGACUAAUUUUGGAAGCUUUUACUGAGAGUCUUUCCUCCCUUACACUAGGAAGUUUGUGUGCCUUUAAAUAUUGUGUCUGGGGUGGGGCUUCCUCUUGCUAACUUUCUUUGCUUUAGUCCUUCAUGAAAUAAACCUUGGUUGUU